AUGGCGGCCGCCGCGAUAAGGGCCCAGAUCAACGUACUCAUCGCCACCAUGUUCAACACGGGUCUGGUGGACGACGCUUUCUUGCAGCUGCAGAGGAUGCGCGAGCAGGGCCGCGUAACUCCGGCCUACGUCGUUGAGGUCAUGAACCGCUUCCUCAACAACGCCGAGAGGAUCAUCAACGACCUCAUCGGCCUGAUGAACGAGCCCGAGGUGGACUUCGACAAGGUGGACGGCCUCGUGCAGCAGCUCAAGCUGGCCUGCAGCAGGUGGAAGCCCUUUCCUCUCUAUCCCCCACCCCCCAGUCUUAACUGUGUUUAUUUCUUCGCUGCAUCAUGUGCGAUUCAGAUGUGCUUCCCUUGUCAGGGUGUUGGUGCUAAGAGAUUGAACCUCUGCUGCGUGCAACACUUCAGUCAUGAGGCAAAAAACAAAGAAGGGUACCUCGCGGCACUAGGUCGUGUCAGGUUUCAGUUCUACGAUUUGCGCAGCAUGUUCAAGAUCAUAAUGGAGCUGGAGCAGCAUCUUGCGGCAUGUGGUCCUAAGUAG